UCUCAGCUCUGAAACUCAUCGCGGCGCAUCGUCAGACACCAGCAAUAGCUCCAAAAAGAAAUCUUAAAAAUACAACAUGGAGUCCCCUCCAGAUCCAGCGAGCGACCCGGGCAACGGCAUCUCAGAGCCGGUUACCCCGGUCAGGGAAACCCCGGUAAACCUGGAGACCCACCGCAAAGCUGAACACCAAGCCCCGGUGCGCAGGCAGAGCUGUUCCAGUACCAACAGAGGUAUUUCAGUAACCAAGAAGACACACACUUCUCAAAUCGAAAUAAUUCCCUGCAAGAUCUGUGGAGACAAAUCAUCAGGCAUCCAUUAUGGCGUGAUAACGUGCGAGGGCUGCAAGGGUUUCUUCAGGAGGAGUCAGCAGAGCAAUGCGGCAUACUCUUGCCCACGUCAGAAGAACUGCCUGAUUGACCGCACCAGCCGGAACCGCUGCCAGCACUGCAGGCUGCAGAAGUGUUUGGCCGUGGGCAUGUCACGUGAUGCGGUGAAGUUCGGCCGUAUGUCGAAGAAACAGCGGGACAGCCUGUAUGCAGAGGUGCAGAAACAUCGGCUCCAACAGCAACAGCGGGACCACCAGCAGCAGCCCGGAGAAGCAGAGCCCUUAACCCCAACUUACGGCCUCUCCACCAAUGGCCUGACUGAGCUCCAUGACGACCUGAGCGGCUACAUGAACGGCCACACACCUGACGGCACCAAGCCAGACUCGGGCGUCAGCAGCUUCUACCUGGACAUCCAACCCUCACCCGAUCAGUCCGGCCUGGACAUCAAUGGCAUCAAGCCAGAGCCUAUCUGCGACUUCACCCCUGGCUCAGGCUUUUUCCCCUACUGUUCCUUCACUAACGGCGAGACAUCCCCCACAGUCUCCAUGGCUGAGCUAGAGCAUCUGGCCCAGAACAUUUCCAAGUCCCACAUGGAGACAUGUCAGUACCUGAGAGAAGAGCUUCAGCAAAUGACCUGGCAGGCUUUCCUACAGGAGGAGGUGGAGAGUUACCAGAACAAGCCCAGAGAGGUCAUGUGGCAGUUGUGUGCCAUAAAAAUCACAGAAGCCAUUCAGUAUGUGGUGGAGUUUGCCAAGCGCAUCGACGGCUUCAUGGAGCUCUGUCAGAAUGAUCAGAUAGUGCUACUCAAAGCAGGCUCUUUGGAGGUGGUGUUCGUGAGAAUGUGCCGUGCCUUCGACCCUCAGAACAACACAGUCUAUUUUGACGGAAAGUAUGCUGGGCCUGAUGUGUUCAAAUCAUUAGGCUGCGACGACUUGAUCAGCUCCGUCUUCGAGUUUGGGAAAAACUUGUGUUCUAUGCACCUCUCUGAAGACGAGAUUGCCCUGUUCUCUGCCUUCGUGUUGAUGUCGGCAGACCGGUCCUGGCUCCAAGAGAAAGUGAAGGUGGAGAAACUCCAGCAGAAGAUCCAGCUGGCCCUCCAACAUGUUCUCCAGAAGAACCGCAGAGAGGACGGCAUACUGACAAAGUUGAUAUGCAAAGUCUCCACACUGCGCGCUCUGUGCAGCAGGCAUACGGAAAAGCUGACGGCAUUCAAAGCAAUAUACCCAGACAUUGUCCGUGCCCACUUCCCCCCAUUGUACAAGGAGUUGUUCGGAUCAGACUUUGAGCAGUCCAUGCCUGUGGACGGGUAGUGCUUCCCCAUGCCCAUCCCACCCACAGGAAUUCACACCGUGGGGAAUGUCAAGCAUAAAUCUGAGACACUUUACCAGUGCCCUGCACAUACACACACCUGGACGGCUGACACACUGCGCGCACACACUUUUCUCUCUAUUUUUCUUUGUGUGUGUUUUUUUUUUUUUUUUAAUGGGCUGGGGUUGACUCCAGUGGUUUAUUUUUGGGGUUUGUUCCCUCCUUUUACUGACAUAGGUGGGAUUUGGAGCCCAGAGGAGUGGAUGAGAAGAUGAAGACACUUGUUUUUCAUAUGCUCCCUCUCUCUCACUCCCUCUCUCUCUCUCUCUUUCUUUGGCUGAACCUGUAAGGUCCAUGCAUACGAUUCAAGAGCGGUCCCAUGGCGAUUUGUCACGAUCAGCAUAAAUUGUUUUGGCUUGUUUCCAAAUUGGAAAACGAUUCCCAGAGCACAUUCUCCUGAAUCCAGCAUUUUAAACGUUUUUAGUUGUAGCAACAGAAUUUACAGGCCUUUUCAAGCCAAGAAGAAUGAAACAAAAAUGUUUUUAGAAAUACAAUCUGUAUAAUUGUAUACAGGCUAAUCUGUAUACAAUCACAAGUCUGUAUAAUCUCAACCAUUUGAGAAAAGUCUACGUAGAAAUGUACGUAGCUUGUGGUCCGUUAGGUAUGCAUGGUCCUGGCUCAGCCAUUAAUUUCCUUCUUUGCUCUUGAUUUUUUUGACAAGUCUUGAUGUCAGACUAUAAACCAGCAGCGAACAAAGAAGAUUACGACAUAAGAGGAAUACAGGAGAUAAAGGAGGGAGGGAUGGAGAAGGAGUGUGUAGCAGAGCAAGUUGCCAUUUGGUGAUGCAAAGCAGCACCUUUCUACGGACAAUCGUCAAAAAAAAAAGAAAAAAAUGAAGGCAGAAUUCUGGUAAUUCUAGUUAAAACAUCGCAAAAAGCGCAAUUACUUUUAUCUGUCAGAGACUCCAUCUACCGUAGUUGCUUAGUGAUAUCAUUUAAGGCCAUCUGCUAUUAAGUCCCUCUCUGGAAUGGUGUUAAUGUAAUGCAACGGUCUGGCCACCAACAUCGAUGCAAUGCAAGGGUCCAUUCCACCUGUUUUCUAACGUGUUACAGGGUAUACGGUCAUAAGUAUAAACUAUACAGAAAAAAAUCAUGUUUAUAGAAUCUAUUUUAAAUAACAUGUAUGAUAUUAGUAGCUAGACUAUUCUUAAUUGUGAAAAAUGGAUAAGGCACUUUUAUUUGCACCUUUCUUUAAUUUAAGACUUGUAUAUUUACCUAGUGAUGUGUUGCAUGUAUAAAUACCACGGUUAUGGAGAACGAGUGCUAGAAAACCCUAAUGCUGCUGAGGGUGGGUGGGUGUGUGUUUGUGUGCGUGUUUGUGUAUUUAUUUGCGCAAGCUGGAGGUUGGUGCUGGGCAAAGGAUGAUCACAAGCAUUUUGGGAGGGAGCUAUUUUUGAAACAGCUUCUAUGCUGGAAAACUGUUUCUAGAUCUGCGUUGCGUUUUCCGCACACAGCAUGAGAAUUGCAUUUUUUUCUUAACAUACAGCACCCACAUAGUAACGAUGCCUCAAUCCAAGUAAGUUUCAAUUUCAACAUGUAAUCAAAAUUCAAAAUGUGGACUACCAAAUUAUUGGAAGGCAUGUUGAAAAUGAAAAUUCUCUCAUAAUUUCCUCACCCUCAUGCCAUCCCAGAUGUGUAUGAAUUUCUUUCUUCUGCUGAACACAAAUGAAGAUUUUUAGAAGAAUAUCUAAGCUUUGUAGGUCCAUACAAUGCAAGUGAAUGGUGGCCAGAACUUUGAAGGUCCAAAAAGCAUAUUAAGGCAGCAUAAAAGUUAUCCAUAUGACUCUAGCGGUCUUCUGAAGUGAUAUGAUAUGGGUUAUUUUUUACUAUAAAUCUCCACUUUCACUUUCACAUUCUUAUUUGUUUUUGGUGAUUUGCAUACCACCACCUAUUGGGCAGAGAGGAGAAUUUAUGGUAAAAAAAGGAAUUCAAUAUUAAUCUCCUUCUCACAAACACCUAUCAUAUGGCUUCUGAAGACAUGGAUUUAACCACUGGAGUUUUAUGGAUUACUUUUAUGCUGCCUUUGUGCAUCUUUGGACCUUCAAAGUUCUGGCCACCAUUCACUUGCAUUGUAUACAGAGCUGAAAUAUUCUUCUAAAAAUCUUCAUUUGUGUCCUACACAUCUGGGAUGGCAUUAGGUUGAGAAAAGUUACAUUUUUGGGUGAACUAUGCCUUUAAAGGUUUGAAGCACUAAAGGGUCUAUCAGGGUAUAAGGGUCUGUUUUUGAAUGGCAGUUUAAUGCGUUUGUUUUAUAGGACACUUGUUCCAUUAAAACAAAAGGGUUUGGGGUCUGUUCAUGAAUUGCACAGCCAUUUCAAUACGUCAGCCUCUGUUCAAUGGUUCCAUCUAGUGGUGGUGCGCCACAUGACCACGGCUUGACAAUUUUACACCUCUCUUGUAGACGAGUCUGAUCUGGUUUAUAAACGGUUGAUCUGGCAAUCUUUUUUGAUCAUCCUUUCAUCCAUUCUUAGAUACACACUCUACUCCAUCUGGACUUGGGAUAAAAGUGUUUUUCAUAUGAAUUUUCUUUUCAAACCAGCUCUUGUGAAGGUCUUUGCCCAGCAACAACGUUUGUCUGGAACGUAAGAGUGAAACACAGAAGAAAAGAAAAAAUAUUCAAAGCCUUGUCUGGUUGAAAUCCUCUAUUUUUUUAUCAUUGUACAGUGCUUAUGGAAGGGAAAGAUGGAAGGAUGAUAUAGCACUUAAUCAUGCAAUAAGUCAUUCGAAUUUGUGUGUGUUUUUUAUGAUUUUUCAAAGAACAAGACAAUGGUAGUAAUAGUGCUAUUUUUUGGAAUACUUAACUGUCAUGUGUCGUGCGUGUUUUUAAGUCUCUUGAAUGUGCCAUAGUGGUCUUUCCUGCUUUUUUAGAGUGAAAAAAAAUAUUUUAACAUUCCAUUAAAACGAUGUUGUGGCAUUUAAAAAACUAAAAAUAAUCCCAAUAUAAUCCAGAAAAAAUACUUCAUUGAUAACUUCAACAGACGUUUUGACACACCUUGAACUGAUCUUGGUAGCUUCUUGCUAUUUUUUAUUUUUCUUGCUGAUAUUUCUUUAGACACUGUUUAUUCCCUAAUCACAUAGUACCUAAUUCCCAUGACACAAAGUAUUUUCCUCAGGGAAGGGUCUGUCUAACUCAAUUCUGUUAGCCAGCUCUAUUUGAUCUCAAUAGCAUGAUCAUGGUCAGUACAGCUAAUUAAAUAUAUUUUAUUAUAUUUAUGCAUACUACAUUAGAAUACUGUUGACAAAAAUAUUAUUCUUGUUACUGGUUGUGAAAUUCAUUGAUUGCAUCCCUCAAAGUCGUGAUUACUACAGUACAUCAUCAAACUGUGAACGACAAUCCCGGAUCAAGUUGAGGUCCUUGUAUAAAAAGGCUUAGGGAAAGUAAUCAGUCACAUAUCAUGCUCACCUAGAAGAUAGCUGUCUAUGUAGAUAAUAAACAACAAGGCAGCUUACUAGGUUUUGGAGCAGAACCUGGGUUCUUGUGCUGACUAAAGAACCUAAUGAUAUGUUAAAACUCCCAAUUGAGAUCGUCUGUUAAAAGCAUAGUUCGCACAAAUAUGAAAAUUCUCUCAUAAUUUCCUCACCCUCAUGCCAUCCCAGAUGUGUAUGAAUUUCUUCUGCUGAACACAAAUGAAGAUUUUAAGAAGAAUAUUUCAGCUCUGUAGGUCCAGACAAUGCAAGUGAAUGGUGACCAAAACUUUGAAGCUCCAAAAAUCACAUCAAGGCAGCAUAAAAGUAAUCCAUACGGCUCCAGUGGUUAAAUCCAUGUCUUCAGAAGCGAUAUGAUAGGUGUGGGUGAGAAACAGAUCAAUAUUUAAGUCCUUUUUUACAAUUAAUCUCCACUUUCACUUUCACAUUCCAAAAGUGAAAAUGAAAGGGAGAUUUAUAGUAAAAAAGAACUUAAAAUGUAUCUGUUUCUCGCCUAAGAGUGAUUGCAUCACUUCAGACGACAUAUAUUAAACCACUGGAAUCAUAUGGAUUAAUUUUAUGCUGCCUUCAUGUGAUUUUUGGAGCUUAAAAAUAAUAUCUCUGUUUAUGUUCAGCAGAAGAAAUACAUUCAUACACAUCUAGAUGGCAACUAUCCCUUUAACAAAACGCCUUCCACUAUUCAGUGGUGCUUUAGCUCAUGCUUUUUAAUAUAGCCGUUUUUCCUCCUGUUUUUCAUCUUUUGCAAUUUGCAUGCUCAUGUUAUAGCCUGUUAUUCACUAGCAUCAGAGCUGUCAGGACAAAAGAAGACAGUAAUGCAUCAUACACGAUGCAAAAGUGUCAUUUAAUUAAAUCGCACCAUAGUCCGCUGGCUUUAUCACAUCACGCUGCAAGCUCCAAGAUCGAAUUCCCUAAAAUCAAACUAAGCAAGAUAACCACCUCAAGCGUACUAAAUGAAUGUGCUACGCUAUUUUCUGGCCAGUUACUUAGUUUUUUCUCUUUAUUGGGAUUACUUUGGGAUGUUCUGAUUGUCACUCAUAAUUGUUUGAGUCUAUGUGCCAAAUACCUCUUCAUGAUUUGCUCCACCUUCAACGUCCGCAUGGGCGAAUUUGCCUAUCGCGUGUAACAAAUACGGGUUUCUACAGGGUAACCACUGCAGUGGACGUCCCCUUUUAAUGAACAAGCUUUGAUGCACAGCAGAUCAUUGUAAUUUUGUUUCCUGUCCAAUUACUCAUAUCGACGUGUCCUGAAGUUAGUUUGUACGACACCUAGAUGCACCACAAAAGCUACUGAAGCAAUCAUGUUUGCCACUUUUUGCAUGCUGUGUUUUGUCAGUGUAGUUUGUAUUAGACUUUUUUUUUCUAAUAGAAGCAAAGGUACUUCAACAUCUCUGGAUCUGUGGUAUUUUAGAUUUGUAAUGAGAAAAGCGGUAUGCUUCUUUUAUUGGUAGAAGAUCCAUCAUUUUCCCCUUGUUCAUUAAUGUAAAUUGGGAAACUAUCUUUUUUAAAUAUGUGGUUUCCUCUUUGUUUAUUCUCGCGAGAAGCAAUAUAUGUCUGAAUGCGGUUGCGAGAGUGCGUUUACAAGAUAUGUGUGUGUUCGUGCUAUGUGUAAUGUAUGCUUAAGGUCAAAACCCAGACAAGGCUUUAAAAGAUAAGAUGCAGCAGGGUCAGAUGGUGAAUUGUAUGUAAGAUCUUAAGUUUUCCCAGGAUUUAAAAUGUUUUAAGUAGCACUGAGCUUGAACCCUUUGAAUAGCUGAACAAGCAUGACACAAUGCACAUCAGUGUUAACGAUUCAAUUAGAUUAUGCAAACAGGCCUAUGCACUCACGUUUUACGUAAACCGUUUUAAUUCUGUAAACUUUAGCGAAGGCACUUAAAUAUUCCAAUAUUUACGAUCAACGGAUUUAAUGUGUCAUGCUUGUGGUGGCAUUUUGAUUUAAGUUUAAAGUGUUACUAAGAUGUACAUCAAUCAUUUGCAUUCUUUUCUUCUUCUUUUUUUUAAAUGAGAGUUUUCUUUCCAAAAGCACAGCUGAUAUGUUAUUAAAAAUGAAAUAUGUUUAGAUACAGUAAUAGAAGAAAAGAAAAAAGUCUUUAGCCAUAAUUGAAUGUCAAGCAAUAAUAUAUAUGGUGUAUUAUUAUUCAUUUUUGUGCAUAGACUUUAAACAUCUGCAUGUAAAUACAUUUCUUAUGUAUCGCAUUUGUUCGUUUUUUCGCUUUCUCUUAUUUUGUUUCACUCUCUGGUUGUCAUUUUUGUUUUAUUUGUAUAUUUGACUAGUUCUGUUCCCGGGUGGAGAACUACGAAUGUCAAAUGCCCUGUAAACUGUACAGCUUUAUUUACCUCUCUUCCUCACCUUUUGGCUUUUAAUUCACAAUAUUUAAUGUUCUAUUGAUCACAUGUAUAAAAGUAACUUUGUAACUUCUGUCUGUGUAGGUAAGAUGAAAAUACUGCUAAGACCUGCUCAGUGCAAAUAUUUAUCUGUUUAUCAGAGACAUCUUUCUGUACGAUAUCUCUGUUUUUAGUACACUUCUCUCUUUUAGACUUAGUUUGAUUAGCGGUAGGGUGUGCUGACAUAAACUUUUGUGUUAUACUGAUGUGUGGUGCUAGGUAAGUUACUUUUUGUGAACCAAAAUUAUGGAUUCAUAGACUAGGCCACCCUCUUAGUCCGUUCAUUUCACUGAGUAUUGAUGCAUUAUUGAUAUUAGGACUCGAUAAUUAAUGAUAUUAAUGAUAAAGAUAACGAUAGUGGUAAAUUUAGCUUUCGAAUACCAAGCAAGUACCUGUAUCAGUGUGCUAGUCUUGGGACGUGGCUAGGUUCCUUCUAAGUUUUAAGAUUAUUAGCAAAAGCAGUAUCGGCUAAGUAAAUCUCUAUUCAACAUUGCAUUUCUGAUUCUUUGCAAUGAAGAAGGUUGUUCAUGCUUGAAAAAAAAAAGAAAAUGGAAAAAAGAAGCAGUAUUGUGUUUAUUUUUGAUUGUUCGAACUUGUAGCUGGAACUGAUUCUAAUCCAGUUUGCACACUCAAAACGUUUACCAGUACUUUGUAUCAGACGCUGGAAGGACUUUAGACACACGAUGCCACAAAGUACUGGAUUGUCUUGAUGUUUAGCCACUUUUUGGCUCGCUCCAUUUCUUUUUUUGUUAUUCGUACGCAGCAGUUUCUAAAGACUAGCUUUGCAAGCAUUCCUUUUUUUCUAUUGAACAUCUACUCACUCAUAAGGUCUCAUUAUACACACACAAUGGUUGUGUUAUAACGAAAUUGUACAGGACAAACGCAUUUGUGUGAGGUUUUGUGCAAAACGUCCUGUUUCUCUUUGUAGCAAGGCAGAUUAAACUUGCAAUAAUACAGAGCAAACUACGCUGAGUGCUUCUCAGUGGUGCAGGAUGCAGAAACUAUAUUCAUUCGUUGUUAUUGUUUUCACUGCUCUCGACGUACUCAAAUGACUGUGCUUGUACAUGUAGGUGACUUCUGUCUUGUGUUACCAACCUUUUUUUCAUUGGCUGUCUUUUUAUGUAAAUGAGGUAUUUCAUGUUUGUUCAUAGCCAUGGAAACAGCAUUUUCUUGUCUCCUGUAAUGUCCUGUAUUUCUUACCGACAGAGAUCAGUCGAAGUUCUCAGUCUCAGAUGUUCCUUUUUGCUUCUCCUUAGGAACAACGCAACUGAAACGUGGUCAUGGGACACGCAUUUUUGCGUCCAGUCAAUUGCACUAUGGUUGGAUGUCUGGGUGAAUGGCAGAACUCUGUUUGGAUAUUUGCAGAGACAAAAUGAUGGACAAUAGGCAAUCCACUCUGUUUUCUCCCAUUCACUCCUGCCAAUUAGGCUUAAGUUGAUAAUUACAAAACAAAUGACUAAUGCAAUGUAACUGAAGUGUUCAUUUAUGUAUGUAAACUUAUGCAUACUACGCAUCUGGAUCUAUUUACCAUUGUCUGUUUAAUAUGAGCUGAAUGGGAGGGCUCGGGCAGGACGGGUUGGAUUGUGCUCCUCACACGGCAUCAUCAACUGCGGCGGGAAAAAAGCAUAGAACAGUUUUGGUUGUCACAUAUUUUUACGUCACAUGUUUGUUACUGAUCUUAAAAUGGGGACAGUCGAUCAUGUACCUUUUUAUUCUGCUCUUUGGAACUCUCUUUAGCAGAUAGUCUCUUCUCAAUAGUGGUUUUGCUCCUUCUGUUUGUCCGAUUCUUAAAUAUGAAAAUAAGUAUUUUGAUUCAUUUUGUAAAUACCGCUGUAAAGAAAAAUAAGAAAUUUAAUGUUGUCUUUUAAAUACUUUUCAUUCUAAUAUGAAUGUUGUUAUAUUGUACUUAGAAACUGUACCUUUAAUAUUACCUUUAUUAAAAGUGCAUUGGACACAUCGAUUUUAGAUGUGCUUUAUGUGCUGUUAUCCCAUAAUAAAAUUUACCGCUUGUA